AUGAACAAUAAUAAUAAUAAUACUAAUGGUAUUCGAAAUCCAUACCAACAAAGAAACAUAUCAAAUGAUUCAAGUUAUCAGAGUAGUAUACAAUUAACUCCAACAGAACCAUUACAAUAUGUUACCAAUAACAACAACAAUACUAAUAAUUAUAAUAAUAGUAACCCACAUGAAAAUAAUAUUCCUGCAUCAAAUUUGCCUUCCCGUAAUUAUAGCAAUUUUGUAAGUCAUCAACCUACUUACGACAAUAAUAAUAAUAAUACCCAGACUAAUAACAAUAUUAAUAAUAAUGUUAUGGCACCACAAGAAUAUAAUGAUGUAUUUAUAUCAAAUACAACACAACAACCACAAAGAAGGGUACAACCACCAAAUAUUAAUAUUACACCUGCUUCCAUUGUUGCUAGUGAAUCUACACAACAAGGUAUAGAUUCUCCAAAUCCAAUAUAUUCUAGUUUAAAUCAAAGACCUCAAACAAAUUAUUUUAAUGAUGAAAAUUAUUACCAAAAUACGAAUUCUGCAAAUAAUUUAGAAUAUCCAUCUAAUAGUCAAUCGAAUUUGGUAGAUAGAUCAUAUUCACCAGAUCGUAAUGGUGCUUCACCAAGUAUUAUGUCCAGUGAUGAAGAUACAAAACCAAUCUUACCAUAUAAUGGGCAACCACAGUCGACAGAUCAUUUUGAUCCUCUGGCGUAUCGUGAUCCAUAUGACACUAGUAAUCAUGAUCUAAACGAAGAUAUUGAAAAUAGUUAUAUAGAUCACAAUGGUAAUGACUAUGAAAUUAAUUCUUACCUGGAUAGAAAUGGUAAUAUGAUUGAUCCAUAUCAAUUUGCUAAUAACGGUGCUGACGAUAAUGAGAAUUUUUUGAAUAAACCAUACAGUCGUACAAAUCAUUUCGAUUAUUCAUAUAGUGAUGGUGAAAACAGUGCAGAAGGUAGUGAUCUUUCUUUAACACAUCGUGAUUUAGGUGAGUAUGAAAAUGAUGACUUUCAUAAUGAUUUAACCACAUUGGACAAAAUGGCUAGAGAAAAGACUCAAUCAUUGAUUUCAUCUGCCGAUUCUAAGGAAAUGCUUUUCUCAACAGAAGAUGAAGAUAAAAUAUUGAACAAUGAUGGUAGUAACAAAUGGUUACCAAAGAGAGAAGCUACUGAGGUAAGAAAAUUUAAAUUAUGGAGAGGUAAUUUUAUCUUCGAUUCUCCAAUAAGUAAAAAUUUGAUUGACCAAUAUAGUAAGGCUGUAGAUAAUCCAAGUCUAUUGUCAAAUGAAUUUAAAUUUAUGAGAUAUCAAGCAAUAACGUGUGAACCCAAUCAAUUGGCUCAGAAUAACUUUACGGUUAGACAAUUGAAGUACCUAAGACCAAGACAAACAGAAAUGAUGAUUGUUAUUACGAUGUAUAAUGAGGAUCACAUCUUACUGGGUAGAACACUAAAAGGUGUUAUGCAAAAUAUAAAACAUAUGGUCCGUAAGAAGAACUCGAGUUCAUGGGGCCCAGAUGCUUGGAAAAAAAUUGUGGUUUGUAUUGUCUCUGAUGGUCGUUCCAAGAUAAAUGAAAAAUCGUUAGCUUUAAUAAGUUCUCUUGGAUGUUAUCAAGAUGGGUUUGCAAAGGAUGAGAUUAAUGGUAAAAAAGUAAAUAUGCAUGUUUACGAGCAUACCACGAUGGUUAAUAUAGAUAAUAUUGGUGAAGAUUCCGCUGAACUAGUUGCCAACGAAACUACUGUUCCUGUACAAUUGUUGUUUGCCUUAAAGGAACAAAACCAAAAAAAGAUCAAUUCUCAUAGAUGGGCCUUUGAAGGUUUUGCUGAACUAUUACAACCUAAUAUUGUAGUACUACUUGAUGCAGGUACCAUGCCUGGUAAAGAUUCUAUCUAUGAAUUAUGGAGAGAAUUCCGUGCACCAAAUGUUGGUGGUGCCUGUGGUGAAAUUAGAACCGAUUUGGGUAAAAACUUCAAAAAUCUGGUUAACCCAUUGAUUGCGUCUCAAAAUUUUGAAUAUAAGAUGUCAAAUAUUUUAGAUAAGACAACGGAAUCUAACUUUGGUUUUAUUACUGUGCUACCAGGUGCAUUUUCGGCCUAUAGAUUUGCUGCUGUUCGUGGUGAACCUUUAGAAAAAUAUUUCUAUGGGGAGAAAGUUGCUGAAGAAGGAUUACAUUUCUUCUCUUCAAAUAUGUAUUUGGCUGAGGAUCGUAUUUUAUGUUUUGAAAUUGUCGUGAAAAAGAACGCAAGCUGGGUUCUAAAAUAUUGUAGAAGUUCGUAUGCAUCUACAGAUGUUCCAGAAAGAGUUCCGGAAUUCAUUUUACAAAGAAGACGUUGGCUAAACGGUUCAUUCUUUGCAGGUGUUUACUCAUUUGCCCAUUUCUAUAAAAUUUGGACUAGUGGACAUAAUAUUGGUAGGAAAUUCCUGUUAAAUCUCGAAUUUAUUUAUCUGUUAUUCAAUACUGUUGUGGCAUGGUUCCAAUUGAGUUCUUUCUUUUUGGUUUUCAGAAUUUUAACAUUGUCAAUAGCUGUUUAUUAUAAUGCUGUUUUUGGUAUUUUAUCAGUUGUCUUCUUAUGGUUAUAUGGUAUUUCUGUCUUUUCGACGUUUAUUUUGUCGUUAGGUAAUAAACCACCCAGUACAGAGAAAUAUUAUGUUUUGAAUUGUUUCUUCUUUGCUGUGUUAAUGGUUUACAUGAUUUUCUGUAGUGUAUUCAUGAGUGUUAAAUCCUUCGAAAGUAUUCUAAAUUCUGAUAAUAUCACAUUUAAAGGUCUAAUUUCAAAAGAAGCUUUUAGAGAUCUAGUAAUCUCUAUGGGUUCCACAUAUGUGUUGUAUUUUGUCAGUUCUAUCAUUUAUCUUCAACCAUGGCACAUGUUUACCAGUUUUGUUCAGUAUAUUCUGUUAAGUCCAUCAUAUAUUAAUGUUUUAAACAUUUACGCUUUCUGUAAUGUUCAUGAUAUUUCUUGGGGUACGAAGGGUUCGGUGGCUAAACCAUUGGGUAAAAUUACAACCAAGGAAGAUGGUACUUUCAAGAUGGAAAUUUUAGUGUCCAGUGAAGAGAUUCAAUCCAAUUAUAACAAAUAUAUGAAUAUUUUAAGUCAACCUGAGCAAAAAGAAGAGAUUUCCAAAGAAGCAUCGCUAGAGGAGAAGAAACCAGGUUAUUAUGCCAAUGUUAGAUCUCUUGUUAUUAUCUUUUGGGUUAUGACUAAUUUCGGUGUGUGUGCGGCUGUGUUGGAAACUGGUGGAAUUGGUGAUUACCUUUCUAUGAGAAGUGCCCGUAAAAAUAAUACUACAGGGACAGCUUUAUCUGCCACCGAUAUUGAAAGACCAUUACUAACUAACAAGGCUACCGUAUAUUUUACUAUCAUUUUGUAUCUAGUUGCAUUAUCUGCAUUGAUUAGAUUUAUCGGUUGUUCCGUAUACAUGGUGGGUAGAUUCUUUAAGAGAAUGGGACGUAGAUGA